GUAACCUCGGCUCUGUAAAAGGGGGGUGGUACUUAACCUCGUUGAACUGUGGUGAAAAGGAAACCCGGGCUCUGUAUACGCAGGACACACUUCGAGCGAACGUCCUGUCUGUCAUCUCUCAGUUGUUUUUCGUGUUACUCCAGUUCUGACGCUGACGGUUCCCAAUCGGCUUCCUUCUGGCUCAGUUUCAGUUUUCUCACCAUUAGAAAAGAAAAAACGGGAAAUAAUGUAGAAGGCCCACCGUGCAUUGUCAUUACUAUUGCUUUGUAAGUUUGGCUCCGUAGAAAGCAACCUGGUACAUGCUAAACCCACGCCCAGGAAGCCCCUAUACCCACAAAGAGUGGUUUCCUCCGAUGCCUUUUCUUACUGGGGUGUCACCAAGUUGCAAGGUCAAUCUGCUUUUUCCCCCCCGCUCUGCCUCUGCCAUUGCAGGACACUGCUCUGCUUUAAGACCCGAGACCGGAAAGAGGACUGUGUUGGCUGGCUAACUAGCAAAGUCAUGUCUCAGGUUACAUUUAGUGAUGUGGCCAUAGACUUCUCUCAUGAAGAGUGGGGGUGGCUAGAUUCUGCUCAGAGAGAUUUAUACAAGGAUGUGAUGGUCCAGAAUUAUGAGAACCUGGUCUCUCUAGCAGGUCUUCCCAUACCUAAGCCAUAUGUGAUCACCUUACUGGAGGAAGGGAAAGAACCCUGGAUGCUGGCGGACAGACUGUCCCAAGAUUCCUUCACAGAUUGGGAAUCAAAGCAGAAAGACAAAGAAUUAUCAUCAGAGGAGCAUAUUUAUGAAGAUUCACCCCAAAGGGUAAUAAUAGAAAAAAUUAUAAAAGAAGAUCCUGAAUAUUCAAAUUUUAACAAUGACUGUGAAUAUAGAGGGACGUGGGAAGGGAUAGAUGGAAAUCAGGUAGAACAUUUUAGACCUGUCACCCUCAAUUUUCGAGAAAGCCCUCCUGGCGAAAGUGUUUACAAUUACAAUAUGUUUGAAAGCAUUUUUCAUUUAACCUCUAUUCUUUCUGAGCCCCAGUUAAUUUCUGUUGAAGGGAAGUCACACAAGUAUGAUAUACCUAAGAAAAGCUUACAAAAUAAGUUACUUAUAAAAAGCGAGGAAAUGAAUGAUGGAGUGGAACUUUUGAAUUCUAAUGAAAGUAUGGGAGCCUUCAGCGAAAGCACAUCUCUUGGCCUUCACCAGUCUUGGAAUAGUGAGAAAAUUUAUGCAUGCAGUAAUUGUGGAAAAGCCUUUGGCAAACAGUCAAUCCUUAAUCGCCAUCAGAGAAUUCAUUCUGGAGAGAAACCCUAUGAGUGUUGUGAAUGUGCAAAGACUUUCAGCCAUGGUUCAUCCCUUGCUCGACAUCAAACAAGUCAUAGUGGAGAGAAACCAUAUAAGUGUAUUGAAUGUGGGAAGGCCUUUAGCCACAUCUCCUCACUUACUAAUCAUCAAAGCAUUCAUACCAGAGAUAAACCAUAUGGAUGUAUGGCAUGUGGGAAGUAUUUUAGUCGUGUUUCACAUCUCAUUGAACAUCUGAGAAUUCAUACUCAAGAAAAACUCUAUGAAUGUCCUUUAUGUGGGAAGGCCUUCAUUCAUAGGUCAUCUCUUGCUCACCACCAGAAAAUUCAUACUGGAGAGAAACCAUAUGAAUGUGGUGAGUGUGGGAAAGCCUUUUACUGUAGUUCACAUCUUACUCGACAUCAAAGGAUUCAUACUGUAGAAAGACAAUAUGAAUGCAACAAAUGCCUGAAAAUCUUUAGUACCCUCUCAUAUCUUAUUCAGCAUCAGAGUAUUCAUACUGAAGAAAAACCCUUUGAAUGUCAAAAAUGCAAGAAAUCCUUUAACCAGCUUGAAUCAUUGGAUUUACAUAUGAGAAAUCACAUUAGAUUGAAACCUUUUGAAUGUAGUAUAUGUGGGAAAGCUUUUAGUCAUAAGUCAUCCCUGUUUCAACAUCAUAGACUUCAUACUGGAGAGAAACCAUAUGAAUGUUUUGAAUGUGGAAAGACCUUCAGCUAUAGUUCAAACCUCACUGUACAUCAGAGAAUUCAUACUGGAGAAAAGCCAUAUAAAUGUAAUGAAUGUGGGAAAGCUUUUAGUAAAGGCUCCAAUCUUACUGUCCAUCAGAGAAUACAUUAUGCAAAGAAAUCCAGUAACACAGUGUAGUGAGUAUGGAACAACCUUGAUGCCAUGUGUAUUACUUAAUAUGUAAGAAUAGGAAGGUGUUAUUUGUUGUAAUAACCAGCUAUAGGGUCUGUCUGAUUCACCGUCAGUAUAUAUAUAUUGGAGAAAUGUUCUGUGAAUGCAGUGAAUAUGAGAAGACCUUUAGAAAUAGUACCGAUCUUAUUCAUCACAGUGAAGUCACGUGUUGUGUAUAUUGUGUGCUGCGUCAAUUUCCUGUUAUAGCAAGCUUGUAGGACAGAACUUAACCUGUGGGGCGUCCUAGGCUGUACUCUUUAUGGGAGCAGAUUGCCAGGGCUUUUCUCUUGUGGAGCAGCUGGUGGGUUCAAACCACUCACCUUUCGAUUGGCAGACAAGCACUUAACCUUUGAACACCACUAGGACUCUAUAUAUUAUACAAUAUGGAUUCCUUGUAAAGCAUGUAAAAGUCAAACAAGAGAAAAGUCCUGUGAUCUAUGGGGUCUUCAAAAAGUUGUGUACAAGUGGAAUGAAAAGCAAAUGAAGAUUUUUCAUGAACUUUUUGAAUUCCCAUUGUUUAGUAGCUGUAGGCGUUCCUUUAAGUACAUCCUUCAUUCUACAUAAAAAAAACUCAUACUGGAGAGAAAUCUUAUGUAAGUAUGGAAGGAUUCAUAAGUUCAUAAGAUCCUUAUCUUGGUAGCUAUCAGAAGAUUAAUAUAGAAUAACCUGAAGGAUAUAGGAAUUAUAUGUAAAUAUUUUCUUUGUCCCAAAGAUAUUAGUAAACAGUUUUAUAGUAAUGCUAAUAAGAAUAUAAGUAUUUCUUAACAUAAGCAUGCUGCAUAGGAAUUAUUUUUAGCUAACGGGCAUGUGAAGAUAAUGUAGUCACCCAAUACAUGUAGUAAAUGUGAUGACGAUGGAAAAAAAAAACUCAACAAGAAACAGCUAUAAAAAAAAAGUUGUGUGAAUCAAAUUAUUUGUCUCUAAUAAAAGAAUUGCAUAUACUGAC